AACAACACCGCGGAACGUUCAUGCUGUCCGGAGCACUAUGAAGGGGACCUAGGCUGUCCUGUGUGUUAACUAGCUGAUUUGUUUCCGUAAACGGGUAACAAAAGCAGCGACAGUCAUUUUUUAUGACUGUUUUUGUCUUAAUAAAAGAGGAGCCAACUGAUGAAGGAGCGUUAGCAGCAUGGCGGGAGUUUUCGACAUAGAUCUGGAGACUGAGGACAUCAGUGAUACAGAGGAGGAUGUCUGUGACUUCACAGUGACAGAGCCAGAGAAUGUUCAGACGGAGGAGGUGGAGCUGACAAGUGAAAGUGUCAACAGAGACAGUGAGAGAGUCGGACCUGACUGCUUUGAGCUCCUCACUGUGCUGGGAAAAGGAGCCUAUGGAAAGGUAUUCCAGGUGAGGAAGGUUCAAGGGGCUCAGACAGGGAAGAUAUUCGCCAUGAAGGUCCUGAAAAAGGCUAAGAUAGUGUGCAAUGCUAAAGACACGGCACAUACACGAGCCGAGCGGGAGAUUCUGGAGACAGUGAGACACCCGUUCAUCGUGGAUCUGCUCUAUGCCUUCCAGACUGGAGGAAAACUUUACCUCAUACUGGAGUGUCUGAGCGGAGGGGAAUUGUUCAUGCAGCUAGAGAAAGAAGGCAUCUUCAUGGAGGACACUGCAAGUUUCUAUCUAGGAGAGAUCACACUGGCCCUUGGUCACCUCCACUCAAAUGGGAUCAUUUACCGGGACCUCAAACCUGAAAACAUCAUGCUUAAUCAUCAAGGACACAUCAAGCUGACGGACUUUGGCCUCUGUAAGGAAUCGAUUCAUGAUGGAACGGUCACUCACACCUUCUGUGGCACUAUUGAGUACAUGGCUCCAGAGAUCCUAACCAGGUCCGGUCACAACAGAGCUGUAGACUGGUGGAGCCUUGGGGCCCUUAUGUAUGAUAUGAUGACUGGAUCGCCUCCAUUCACAGCUGAAAACAGAAAGAAGACCAUUGACAAGAUUUUAAAGUGCAAACUCAAUCUUCCGCCGUACCUGACCAUCGACGCCCGGGACCUCAUCAAGAAGCUGCUGAAGAAGAACCCAGCCCAAAGACUCGGCUCCAGUAAAGCAGACUGUGCUGAUAUCCAGAAACAUCCAUUCUUUAGACACAUCAGCUGGGAUGACCUGCUCAGCAAAAGGAUGGAGCCUCCAUACAAACCACAGCUGCACUCUGAUGAGGAUGUGAGCCAGUUUGACACCAGAUUCACCCGGCAGACACCCGUGGACAGUCCAGAUGAUACAACACUCAGCCACAGUGCAGAGCUCGCCUUCGCUGGUUUCACCUAUGUGGCCCCUUCGGUCCUGGAAAGUCUAAAGGAAGGUUUCUCAUUCGAACCUCGGUCACGACCCAUACGCCGACACAACAGCAGCCCACGCACACCCAUCAGCCCUCUGAAAUUUUCACCAGCUGGACCUUUCAAGUCAAGCAUUGACGGAGAGCCAGACCUUUUCUCUCCGACCUCUCCACCAGCUGCUCCGGUUCACGUUCCUGUGGAAAACGGAGCCGCCAGUCAGCCGAUCAGGACGCCGGCAAGGAACAAGAAGCAGAAGGGACAUCGCAGAUGAGGAGGAGACUUUGUUCAGGUUUUUAUAGGACGAGUGUGGAUGCACAGAGUUAAAGGUGUGGUUAGUGCAGAUGUCAUGAUUGUUUGAAGUGGUUUAGUAGUCGGUUUAACUCUGGGUCAUUCUUUUCACGACUUCUGUUCGUCAUACAACACCCACUCACUGGAUCAACUGCAUAUUUUCAAGCUUUUACUGUCAAAGGAGGCUUUUCACUUCCAUGUGUUUUGAAAAGUGGCACAACCUUUGUCAUCUUAAUGAUUUAGAGUGCUGAAAGGUACCAAAAGCUCUUUAAAAAAAAUCCAACCUUCACUUAAACAAAAUCUGCCAUGAAAGGGAGAAAAAGUACUUUUUAAAUUGCACGGAUGAUUUUGCAAUUAUAACAGUGUGCAGGGUUUGCUUGCUGCUUUUGAUGAUGAAAAAACAAAAAAGUUCCCACUAUUAGGUGCCAAGAGCUUCUUUAUUAUUUGCAGUGGUAUCUCUAUUGACUGAUUUUCACUGGGAUCAUAUGAAGGUAUAAAACUCUGAUAUUGUGACCACUCUUCUGAAGAUAGAUCUUCAUUUACCUCUUCUCUUGGACAUCACAACAAAUCAUAAAGCUUUAAUUUAUAUCUUCUACACUGCGCUUCUAGUUUACACUGUUGUUAAUGGAUAUGUGAAACAAUCACUUGUAUAAUAAUGUUUUCUACGAAUAGCACUUUUCAACAUCAACCUUCCUGAAUCUCAUCCUAAAGUCAAGGUCGGGUAAAUGAUUGAUUGGUAACAGUGUUUCAUUUUACAUGUACAUGCUGUGGCAGUUACAGCAAAGGGAACCUGAUAUGAAGCUUUUUUGGGGUGGUUAAUUAGUUCAUCAGCUUUUAAUGAGUUCAUCAAAGUUUGUGCAUGGAGGUCGCCUAUCACAGGCUGACAUUUUAAUUAGAGAACUGAUGAAGGACCACUUUAUUGAGGCCCUGAUUUCUUUUCCAUUAAGGUUGAACUGUGAAACUGACCUUCAGCCAUCAGGUUAUCAGAAAAGUUUCAACUACACAGAAUAUUCAGGGAUUGUGGUAAAGUUAGGGAUGCACAUUAUUGUCAGCAUCAUAUCAUUAUUAGCAGAUAUUUUCUGUAAAGUUAAUUAUUGCUGUCAGCAGAUCUGAAAAUUGUAGCCAAUAUUAACAGCUGAUAUAUUUGCUGUGAAUAUCAGUAGUAUGUAGAAAUAAAAUUGUGGAGUUUUAGAAUGGACCAGCAGGCUUAUGUCAGCUUAAGUCUUUUUCUUUGUUCAUCCUCAUUCCUGAAUUUUAAAGUGCAUUUUAAGGACUGAAGUCUUAGGCCUUAACUACAUUUAGAUAUCAGUAUUAUUAGCAAUAUCAGUAUCCAUAUCAGCUGAAGUGAAUUUGUAGAUAUAUAUCUGCAAAAAUCCAAUAGUGUGCAUCCCUAGAUAUUUUAAAACCAGUGUGUUUUAUGUAUUUCAAUGACAAAAUACCUUAAUGGAUAAAUUUUUCCUAUUUCAUUAGAGAGCUGCUUAUGAGAUGGCUGCUUUCACCCCUUGCCUAUCUGGCUACACUACAAGUUUGCCAGUUUUAGCAGAAAAAAGGGUCUGCUUUGCUCAUGAUAAGUUAAAGAGCAUAAGUUCUUGGUGUGGCCCUCAUUAUUCACUUUUUUAGUAACUCAGUUAUCAUGUUUAUUUAUGUCCACAUAGUUUUAUUUUUCUCUAAUUUAUAAAUAUAUAUAAUAAACAGUCACGUGCACAAGUUUUAGGCAUGUAUAGCACGAAUGAUUCAUCAAGGGGCCAGUGUGCCACAACCUAGGGCUCCAGUGAGGGGGGGGGGCGGCCAGAGUCGAGCUCGUCGGCAUCUAUUUUGAUCCUUGGUAAUACGUCAAGGGGCUGGUGGUUUUCAGGCCCUUGGGACAUCCAGCAUGACCAGGGGCUCAUGGCAACCCUGCCUGCUCAGAUGGUACCCUAGACCAGCAGUUCUCAAGUGGUCCAGGACCCACAAGUCUGUUUUACAACAGAUCACGACCCUAGUUUCCAAAACAUUUUCGACAGCGCAUGUUUAACUAAUGGAAUAUGUUGCCAUUUGGAGCAUGACUGGACCAAAACACCUCAUAUAAAAAAGAAAAAGGACAAAACUGACAAAUUUUAUACCCUCAUUUCCCAUCAUUAUGUGUCAAUUUUUGCCAUUUUUUCUAGAGAACCCGUGAAAUUACUUCAUUAUCAUGGGAAAAGUAGCCGUUUAUUGCAAGAAGAGGAGAUAAACUAGUUGAAAUAUUGAUCAAACUUUCAAAUUGAAUUUCACAGUGAAACAGGGUAAAUUAAAAGGUAUGGAUGCAUGUUCAAUAAGGACUUCAGGACUUUUCACACCAUUUUUUUUUUUCUGACACCGAGUCACAACCCGAUGAAAUCUGCUCCAUGACCCACUUUUGGGUCCAGACCCACCAGUUGAAAACCACUGCCCUAAACCAUUGGUUUUUAACUGGUCCACCCGUAGGAUCCACCACCGUUUCUAUGACAAAAAAUUGUGUUUGUUUGUUGCAGUAUGGACCUUAGAUGGAAAAAAACAUAUCACUAAACUAAGAGACAGGCCAAAACUUUAGGGUGACAUGUUAGUUUAGGACUACAUGUCAGCCUAAAACUUCCAGAUAUUUUGACUUUUUUUUUUUUUAUAUCCAGGAACCAGUUCACGACCCACUAGAAACAGCCCCUCAACCCACCACUUAAGAACCACUGCCCUAGACCAUGCUUACUCACCACAUCUACCUCUUACUCAUCCCUAAAGCUGUGGACUUUGUGAUUUUAUCCACAGAUUAUUCUCCCAUACUUGGGAAUAUGUGAGGACAUCCAGAGCAUGACUGGGAUUGUGUCAAUCCUCCAUCCCACCCCAUGGUGCCCUCGCACAGCUCAUUCGCCACAUCUACACCUUACUUCAGUUUCAAUCUUAGGUCCAAACAUGCCUGGAAGUUCUGCACAGUACUGCAUAUAUAUGAUGGAAGCUACAAUGACAAAUGUGCAUCCUUGUGGCAUUUUUAUCAGCGAGGAGAAGGUUAGAAAAAAAUUUCACAAAAACAAACGAUACAUGUUUAAUGAACACUGAAGGUGCAUGGUCAAUUUCACAGUUUAACCAGCCAGCUCCUCUGCAGGUUUCACAUUGCCAGUAGCUGUCACAGGGGUAUUCUGGCUUCAUUUCUGUACAAUGUAAGGGGACAGAGAAGCACUGUCCUUUUUUAUUUACAGUCAGUGGUGUUUGAAUUUAGGGGUGGGACAGUACCUACAUAUCUACUGAUUUAAUGCUACAUCACACACUAAAGUGAUGCUUCAUGAAUGUAGGACUUGAUCUUAGCAAUCAUUCAUCUUUUGGUGCCAUUCGUCUGUUUCUCAUUUCGCUGAACUUUCUUUGUGAAGAGUUUUUACAUCUACUGCCAAAGCUUAAACACAUCCUAUCCUCAUAUUGUACAAAAAGGAAAAAUCCCAGAGUGACAGAGAGUGUUUGACCACUGUAUUUAUUUAUGUGGGCACAUAAGGAAUCUCUGUGCAGCAAAGAAAAUACGACUACACAGUCACACAAACAUAAACAACCAUGGUCAAGGCUCAUCUAUGCUCUAUGUUUGAAACAGAUACGGAAAGACUUUUCAUUCUUAUUUCUCCAUGAUCUCUCAAAGCUUACAGAUACAGGCUGAAUGUUGCAAUACCACCACUAAUCAUGGGGGCAGCGUUGAGCAAUUAAGCCACCUGUUCAGCCCAGAGCAGCAAAGCACACAGAGAAGAAUGAUUUAAAAAUGGCCAAACUUCCUGAGGAAAUAUUACAGAAUCAUUUGGGAGUUGUUACAAACUAUGUACAUACAUUUGCUGUUAACUCACCUGGGCAGAGAAACAAAGGAGUUGUGGAGUUCUAUGUGAGACGGUGAUCUCAGUGGAUUAAUUUUUCAACAUCCGCCUCAAACGUGAAGGGAGCUUAAAUGAGCCUUUAGUUAAAGUAGGAUAGAGGAAGUGGUGCUCUCUCAAAAACAAUCAUAAUCUUGUAUAAAAAGGAUAUUUUUGGUUAAAGAGGUAUUACCUAUUUUUACACAAAUUCAAGUAAACAAAUACUUAAAAUCCUAUAUAUUUAAAAUGUGCUUGACUGACACCUGUUAGACAAGAUGCAGGGCAAAAUCAUUGCAUGCAAACACCAGUUCAGCACUUGAAUGUGUUACAGCAAUUCUGCGAGGUUUAUUCAAAGCCAAAAUUACUUCAGAUUUUUUUUAAAUGUGUUCUAGAUUAAGAGCAGACUUUAUCAUGGUAUUAUGUAAUAUUAUGCAUAAAACAAAAAAACAGGGAUGAGUCUUCAAGUACCAAAACACAGGGAACUCUUUAAGGCAGCAUGGAUGAAAAAAAACAACACAUUAGCAGGGAUUAUAAAUAAUAUAUGUUACUAAUUAAUUCAAGGGUUUAAAAGAGACAAAUACUUAAGUUUUUUGUUUAAUCAGUCUAUGAAUUGUAAUCAGUUAAUGUAUAUAUGUAUGUAUGUAUGUACAAUAAAAGGUAAUUUAGAUAUUUGGAUUAAAAACAGGAAACAGAUUGUUGUAAAUAACAUGGCUGAAUAAGUUGUGUUUAAGAUUGUAUACCUAAUUGUCUUUUUACUUCAUUUCCUCAACCUUUUGCCUGUGUGGAAUGAGUUGUAACAGAAAAAGAAUGUAUAUUACAUAUAUCAUAAAACUUCAAAUAUAAAAGCCGAUCCAAAUUAAAGGCCCAGUCCUGUUUAGUAGAAUGGUUUAGGUGUACAAUAACAUAAAAAAUGUCUGCAUUAGAAGGUCCUGUGCAUUUAAUGUUGGUAUAAUUUGUAGAUCAAAAACAAGGUGAAGCAGCAGGAUGCUUGGAAAAAAAACAAAGAUGAUCUUUAACAUUCACUUGUGAUUGACCUCCAAUACUAAUCAAAUACCAGUGUUGUAUUAAUGAACUGUACAGGUUCAUUGCAGAUGGUGUCACAAAGCAGCGGGGAACUCUAGAUGUGAAAAUAAAUGAAUUCUUAAGAUGCUUUUGUGUCCUUAAGAUGUAAAAUAUUUAGAAAAAGUCAAAGUAAAACAACAGCAGGCAAGAAUUAUAAAAGGCUCCGUCUAAAGCCUGGAUGAGUCGUAUCAUGCUAUGAUUGUGUAUGGUCUGUUCCUACAAAGCAGUCUGGUUUGGUUCAGUUUUGCACAUUAAACUCUGAUCUUGCUCAGCUGAUGUCCAUCCAGCCUCACUCAUUGUGACAGGAAAUCCGUUUCUGUUAAGAGAUUCAGAUCAUUUGGCUCAGCUUAGUAGAGCUGGCUGUUUGGCUGCCAAACAGCUCUUCAUUUGGUACCAGUUUGAGUUUUUAAAUGUGGAUAAAAUAACAUUAAAAAUGGAGGACAGAAAACUGGUACUCAAACAAGAGCUAGCUACAGUGGCUCACAUUAAAGAGCUGUUUUGUAGCACAAGCUCAGCUAGCCUCUUAGCUCAGUACAAGACUUCAAGACUCUUGUCUCCUUUAUCUGGAUAGACAGUGCUAGAAGGUCUAAAGGACUGAGUAAUUUGUCAUUCUGAGUGUUGCCACACCAGGUAAAUCAGUUUAACUGUGGGAAAAAUCCCUUUUUUGUAAAGUGUAGGAAUCAUACUCAAUGUAUGUAGAAAUUUUCAGAUGACAAUUGCAGCUUAGAGAUCCGUUUAGAGCUGUAAAGUACAAACUUGUCUCCACUUGUCUCUCCCCCACUUCCCACUCACCAGGAUGUCAUGGUUGCAGAUAGCCUAUUUCUCACUGUGACCAUGACACUGGGAGUCCUUUAUUUGUAAGUCUGGCUGCAGGCUAGAUGAUUUUAGAGAAGCAAACAGGCUAAGCUAACUUGCUUAGCUAUUCAAAUAUCUGUUUGUAUGUUAAAUAACCUGUUUAUUUUAUCUAAGCAUGCCUUCUAACUGUUCAUUUAAAUGUUUAGAUAUAUCUGACACAGCCAAAAUGAUCUUAUAGCACUUCAUAUUGACUUGUAAAUCAUGAUAUAUUUCUCUGAGAAUUCCACCGCAAAAGUCUAUUUUUUCAACAUACUCACGGCACAGUCCAGGUUAAAAUAUGUAUGUAGAAGUGAGGUGUAAGGCUGAACUCAGCCAUUCUUUCUGUCAUUACCCAAAUCUUAUGACAAUAGAUGAGGGCUGGGGUGAAGAUUGCAUUUUUGUAAUACAAUUUUUUGUUUGGCUUGCCUUCCCUGUUGGUUUGAACUCAUGCAUUAUCACUUGUCAGUAUGCACAAUUUUACAUUUUUUGCUUGCAAUCAUAGAAGUUCUUGGUAAAACUAGUGUGAAAUACACCCAGACUGCUUAUCCUUUGUUUGCUCCCUUCUACUAGUGCACAGCUAACAGUCAUUUAGCAUACAUAUAUUUAACAUAAGCAUAAGCUAGCAUAGACCUCAGCGGUGUACUUAAUUGGAUCCUAAUGGAUCGGCCCAUUGUUGCAGAUACCUGGUCUAACUAUCAGAGUCAGGAUUGGACCAAUAUCCAAUACCAGGGUUGGAUCAGAUCGGCCCAUCUAUACACAGCUGAAGAUGUGGUGAUAUGUUAUCACAGCUUUAAUAAGCAGGGUCUCUGGUCUAGUUUCUAUUUCAGUACAAGUUUUGUCUAAAAAUAAUUAAAGGCCUGCUUCAGACUGAUGCCUGUCCCAAAUAAAGUCAGGGUUACUUAUUGCAGUAAAUAAAAGCCCAGGCUAUUACUUGAAGUUUUAUGGUGCAUAAGCAAUACACACUGAAGAAAAAUAAUGGACUUUAACUUUGCCUUUGAUUCAGCAACCAGGAAUUGUCUAGGAGUGUAAAACCUCUGUGAAUAUUUGGUAAACAUUUCUAACACACUCUUCAAAUAUUGCAAACUUUUCUUUGAGAGAUGAAAUAUGUUGAAUGAAAAAAAAAAUGAUAGCAACAAACAACAGCAUCUUAAGAGCAUUUUAAGAGAGCUGUAUAUUUUCUAUUAACAGUUUACUCAAUAUGUAUUCUGUCAGUUUCUGUUCAUAGAAUAAUUCAAUGUUAUUUUAUUUAUUUUAUUUAAUAUAAGACACAAUAGAUCUUCAAAACUAGCUGCCUUUGUUUUUGUUAUAAAGAUGUUUGUGUAGAAAUGAGUCCAUCACAUCAUUUCUUCCCCCUCUCCCAGCAGCCAUAGUCAUCAACACUGUACAAAGAGUCUUGACUUUGGUUUAUUAGCAGACUGUAUACACUCAGUCUCUUUCUUUUAUGUUAUAAAAAUGAUAUUACUGAUAAAACUAUUAAACAGGGCUCUUCAUUUUGUUUGUUUCAACACCAGGUUCCCACUCUCAUGGUGAUAUUUACAGUCAUUGUGCACAGACAAAAGUUCAGUGUCCAGUUUUGUAAAUGUCUUUAUAAGGUCAAAAAUUAUUAAAUUAUUAAAUUAUUAAAUGAUGGAUUAAAUGCUGUGUUGAGGUGUUUUUCACCUAAAGGGUGUAAGAGGAUUUUUCAUUUUAAAUGUUUAAUUCAAUUAAUGGAUUGCAGUUUAUUUUUGUGAAGAUUUCUGUAUUUUUCUUUUUGCUUCUAUGUCUCUCUGCUCUAUGAUGAAUGUGUUUAAAAUAAAAAAAAGAAGAUAU